UGGCUAAACAUACAGCUAAACUUACCAUAGUAAUUACAUUGCUUAGUGAAACUAAUUAAUUUCUAAGUAAGGUCUACUCAUUAGUUAUCUUCAAUGGCAAGCAACGUGUUGACAUGUUCUGCUUCAACUUUGGUGUCCAACAACAAGUUCAAAUACAGCCCAUUACCAGUUGGGCUGGGCCCAAGUUCUUUGGUGUCCGCAACUCCAUCAUUGAAGAGCCCUUCUUCAAGGCCUUCUGGCCGUUUGGUUGUGAAAGCCCAACAAGAGGGAAGUCCAAAUUUUUUGAAUCCAAUAGCAGCUGAACACUUCAACAAAAAAGUUGCCCUCCUUGAGACAUCUCCUUAUGUGAGAACUCCAUGGAAUACGAGCGAGGACGAAACAGAGAUCAGGAUGUGGUUUGACAUGCCAGGGCUUGGAGCUGACAACAUUGACGUGAACAUAGUAGAUAACUUGCUUAUAAUCAAGGGAGAUGGUGGUAUUGAUGCCUUUGGAAGUAAGAUAUCUAGCCCGUAUGAUACUAGGGUUCAACUUCCCUUUAACUCUUGGAAGGAAGAGAUAACUGCUGUGUUUAAGCAUGGUGUUCUCUACAUUACUGUGCCUAAGGUUAUGAAAUUUGAGCACAAAGUUAUCCAUGUUCCAGUCAGAUCUAUCGUUUAAUCAUAAGUUAUAUGCGUAUGAAACUCUCUUUUUUAAUAAGAUUAAGAGUUAUGCUUUGAAAUAUUACACUCUUUUUCUUUUGCAUGUUGUGUAAGAUGUGUGAAUCGUUGUUUAUUUGUGGUGAAAUUAUAAUAAUAAGAAGAUCGUUAAUA